AGAUCGAUGAGAUGUCGCAACAAUUCAGCACGCUCUUCCGUCAAAUAGUCGAGUGGGACUACGCCGCGGUGCCCGACAACGACACCUACUUCUACCUGCGCCAAGACCCCACCGAGACCUCUGACGAUGCGUCGCACGAAACGCACCCGGCCCAAGUAAAAGGACCGGUCCCAAAUAAAGGUCACGGGCCGGGAGAAUCUGACGGACACAGGAAUGGCGGUAGAAAGAGAGGUGCACAACCCCCGCUGUUUGUAACCAUUGUGUGCAUUGCCAAACCUAACCCACGCACACCCGCCUCGUCUGCGGCGGCAUCACCCAGCCCCCCCGCCACACCGGACCAUCCACCUGCACACACCCCCCCCCUCAGCCCUACAAGCACGGCACGAGAUGCAAACGCCCCGGGCUCAGGGUUUGGGGACGGGUAUAUCAAUGAGGUCAAAGUGGCCCCAACCCUCUCGUCGUCGGUGCAGGACUGCCUGUCCCGAACUAGUACCGACCCAGUCAAUGCGCGUGCGGAGCACGUCAGUGCCGUAGGGGCCGGCCCGUCCCCCAAACCGGAUUUAGGACCGGGUGAAGGUGUCCGAAAACCCACCCCGCCCCCAUUGCCGGUCACUCGUGCCAGCUCACUGGCCCAUCCGACGGCAGACCCCGACACCCACAGUCCAUCCACAGGCCCACCCGCGUCUUCGCAUGUGCCACUAGACAAUACCUUGCGCGCAUGUAGUACAGCCCCUACACCGCCAUGCAACCCCCUGUCCCGUCCCCACUCCACACAGCUGCUGAGUGCGCUCGCACCUGUCGCUGAGUCGGGGCCUCAGACCCAGCCAGUGCCCACGGAGGCGCGCUUCUUUGUGCUCAAUAACACGCUGACGGAUUUGUUUGAGUACUUACAG